CAUCAUUGUAUCCACGGCCACAGUCAUUGAAGUUGUAACUAUCACAUGACCGAGGACAGCCCUCGUACAUCCCAGUCAACACCCCUUAGUUUUAACGGGAUAUUCUGUUCGGUGUCGAACCGUCUUUCAUGAUGUCCUGUUCCAACGUCACGGUGGAGUCCAUUUUGAAGCCUUUCAGGCUGACAUUAGAUGACUAUAAAAAUAUCAAAUCAUGUUUAUCAAAAGAAUUAAUUAAAGGACUUUGUAAAGAUACUAAUAGUAAAGCCAGUGUGAAAAUGUUUCCAACCCAUGUGAGGGCUACACCGAAUGGUACAGAAAAAGGGAAGUUUUUAGCAUUGGACCUAGGUGGCAGUAAUUUCCGUGUGUUGUGUGUCACUGUUGAUGGUAAACACAUUGAAUCUGACAGCCAUAUAUACAAACUUGGAGAUGAUUUAAUGCAGGGUUCUGGGCAACAACUCUUUGAUUAUAUUGCUGACUGUUUAGUUAAGUUUAUGAAAGAGCAUGACUUAUGUGGAGAGAGACUACCUUUAGGUUUUACUUUCUCUUUUCCAUGUCAGCAUCUUAAGUCUCACAUGUGUAACCAACCCGCUAAUCUAAAUCUACAUGGUACCCAUCCCACCAAUCUACAUCUACAUGGUAGCCAACCCACCAAUCUAAAUUUACAUGGUACCCAACCCACCAAUCUAAAUCUACAUGGUAGCCAACCCACCAAUCUAAAUUUACAUGGUACCCAUCCCACCAAUCAACAUCUACAUGGCAGCCAACCCACCAAUCUAACUUUAGAUGGUAGCCAACCCACCAAUCUACAUACACAUGGUAGUCAACCCACCAAUCUAAAUCUACAUGGUACCCAUCCCACCAAUCUAAAUCUACAUAGUAGCCAACCCACCAAUCUAAAUCUACAUGGUACCCAUCCCACCAAUCUAAAUCUACAUAGUACCCAACCCACCAAUCUAAAUCUAGAUGGUACCCAACCCAACAAUCUAAAUCUACGUGGUAGCCAACCAACCAAUCUAAAUCUAGAUGGUAGCCAACCCACCAAUCUAAAUCUAGAUGAUGCUAGCCAACCCACCAAUCUAAAUCUAGAUGGUAGCCAACCUACCAAUCUUAAUUUACAUGGUACCCAACCAACCAAUCUAAAUCUACAUGGUACCCAACCCACCAAUCUAAAUUUAGAUGGUAGCCAACCCACCAAUCUGAAUCUACAUGGUACCCAACCCACCAAUCUACAUCUACAUGGUACCCAACCCACCAAUCUAAAUCUAGAUGGUACCCAACCCACCAAUCUAAAUCUAGAUGGUAGCCAACCCACCAAUCUAAAUUUACAUGGUACCCAACCCACCAAUCUAAAUAUACAUGGUAGCCAACCCACCAAUCUAAAUCUAGAUGGUACCCAACCCACCAAUCUAAAUCUACAUGGUACCCAUCCCAUCAAUCUAAAUCUACAUGGUACCCAACCCACCAAUCUAAAUCUACAUGGUAGCCAACCCACCAAUCUAAAUUUACAUGGUACCCAACCCACCAAUCUAAAUCUACAUGGUAGCCAAUCCACCAAUCUAAAUCUAGAUGGCAGCCAACCCACCAAUCUAAAUCUACAUGGUACCCAAUCCACCAAUCUAAAUCUACAUGGUACCCAACCCACCAAUCUAAAUCUACAUGGUACCCAACCCACCAAUCUAAAUCUACAUGGUAGCCAACCCACCAAUCUAAAUUUACAUGGUACCCAACCCACCAAUCUAAAUCUACAUGGUAGCCAACCCACCAAUCUAAAUCUACAUGGUAGCCAACCCACCAAUCUAAAUCUACAUGGUAGCCAACCCACCAAUCUAAAUUUACAUG